CAGCCGGAUUAUUAGAUUUGGCAGUAAAGGAGAGAGAAAAAACAAUCGAGGAUUUCGGAUCUUUUGUGACUACUAUUUCCCCCUUUCUUUGCUCUCUCUUUUUUGAUAAUUUCUUUCUUCCAAUCCAAUUCCACACAAUGAAAUUCAAAGUACUCUGUCUGCACGGCUACACCCAAAGUGCGCAGAAAUUCCGCGACCGUACCGGGCCCUUCCGGCGUGCGCUCAAAGCCACCAUCACCACAACCUUCCUUGACGCACCACACCAAGCAACGCACAUAUUCACACCCAUCAACGGAACCGUCAACACCACAAACAACGCCAGCAAGGAUGAUGCAAAAAAUAAUGAAGAAGAAGAAAGCAGCCUUGCAUGGUGGAACCAAGGCGAGGAUAGCGACCGGGUAUGGCAGGAGAUCCGGGCGAGUAUCCGGGCGGUGGCGCAGGUGAUCCGCGACGAAGGCCCGUUCGACGGCAUCGUUGGGUUCUCGCAGGGCGCCGGGAUGGCAGCCAUACUCUGUGCGCUGGCGCAGCUGGCAUCUGUCGCCAAAAACAGCAGCAACCCCAGCCUGGUGCUUGAGGAGUUCGUGGAUUUGGGGCUGAGCCAAGGGUUUGGAUUUGGGCUCUUUUUUGCCGGGUUCUACCCUGGCAUGCCGCAGUUUACUGAGAUCAUGCAGAGGGCAGGAAAGCUGGAGCUGAGGUCAAUGCACGUGAUGGGGGAGGCCGACGCAAUUGUCAGCCCGGAGCGCGGGGCAGAGCUGGCGCACAAGGCGUUCUGCCGAGCAGUCACCGCGUACCACCCCGGCGGCCACUUCAUGCCGAGCAAUGCGGAGUGGCGGAAGCAGUACCAGGAGUUUUUCCUCACGCUAACGCAGAAGCAACAAGAAUAAUAUAUUAAUUUUAUAAUCAAAAAUCAA